AUGCGCGCCGAGGCGGCCGCGCUGCCGGAGCGGCACCACGGCUCGCAGACGCCGCAGGUGCCCGCCUUCAUGGGCAGCGGCACGUUCUCGGUGCUGGAGGGGCACGAGCUCGGCGGUGCGCCAGGUCCGACACGCAAGGAGGUCAGGGAAGCGCUGGAGGCGAUGCAGGCGGGGCGCCAGGAGGCGGCACUGGCGGCCCUGCGGAGGUACGCGGCCCCGAGCGAUGGGGAGACGGCGGCAAAGGUGCUGCAGGCGAAAGAGGCGCGGGUCAGGUCUACAAGGGCCCAGCUGGAGGCGCUGGAGCAGGAGCGCGACACCGCGGCCGACGAGUGUGCCUCGGCCAAGGCCUACCUGGAGGAGGCAAGCAAGGAGUCCUUGGAGGGGUCCACCGGUGAGGGUGGAGAAAGUCGGCCGACAGGGCCUGCAGCUGCGGAGAGGUUCCUGGGCUUCGAGAUCCCGUCGGACCUCCUGGAGGAGCUCGACGAGGUGGACGACGCGGAGGCCAAGGCGGAGCUGGAAAAGUCCAGGGCCGAGCUGGAGCGCUAUCAGGAGGAGGGCAGGAGCACGCUGGAGGAUACCGACCAGAAGAGGAAGGAAGUGGAGAGGGUGUUCGCUGAGCUCUACGAGCAAGCCGAGCAGAAGGCCGAGAAGCUCAAGGGAGGAGUGGACCAGGCCAGGGCGCGCGCGAGAAGUGCGACCAAGAAGAGGCGAGUCGGCGAGGAGGCAUGCAAGGAGGAGGCCACGGCAGCAGCUGCAGCGGCGGCUGGCGUGGGCAAGCAAGGCCCCAAGGCAGAGGCGGUGGCAUCAGCGACGACAAUCAAGGAGGAGCCCACGACGGAGCUGGAUGAGGAGACCAAGCCCAGGCGAAGGGCAGCGGCUCUGGCAGAGGCUAAAUCAGACGCUGGCCAGAAGCGGAUGGGGCAGGACGCCGCGGGCGCAAGCAAGGGCGGCAAGUACGGCAAGAAGGACAAGUGCGGCAAGGAAGGAAGCCCUGCGAGGUGCCAGGAGGAGCUGCGGGCCGUCAGGUUCGACCCAGUGCUGGAGCUGCAGCAGCACGUGAGCGGGCAUUUCGAAGGCGCGCUGCUGGGGCCUGGAGGACAGCCACAGCUGGUGAGAGUGGGCUUCCCCAUCGGGGCUUCCCCAUCGGGGCUUCCCCAGGAGAGCGGCGGCUACACGCUCUGGGACGACAGCGAGGAGGACGACCAGUGGCAGCUCGCCAGCGCGCUGGGGUUCUCGGUGCCCAGGCGCAGGAUGGACAGAGGCUUCCAGGACGCGAGGGACGACCCCUGGUUCAAGGACGGCGACUUCGGCAAGGGCAGCAG